AUGGGGAUCCUUGGACUUUUUGACUCCGCUAUCCCUUACAAAGGCCAGAAAUACAAGGAUCUGAAGAAAUCUUGUGUAUCUACUGGCACUCUGUUUACAGAUGAGGAGUUUCCUCCCAAAGACUCGUCACUGUCGUAUGAUUCUAACAAAAUACCACACAAUGUACAGUGGAGAAGACCAGGGGAAAUUUGCAGUGAUCCCAAAUUCUUUAUGGAUGGAGCCAGUGCGAAUGACUUUGCUCAGGGGGAAAUUGGUAAUUGCUGGUUUGUUGCUGCCUGUGCCUGUAUCGCUGAAAAUGCCAGUCUAUGGAAGAAGAUAGUACCUGACUUUGAAGGUCAGGAAUGGAUUGCAGAAAAAAAUCAGUAUGCGGGAAUCUUCCAUUUCCGUUUCUGGCGUUGUGGGGAGUGGAUUGAUGUUGUAAUAGAUGACUACCUGCCUACAAGGAAUGGAAAACUUAUCUAUUGUCAUUCACCAGUGAAGAAUGAGUUCUGGCCAGCGCUUUUGGAGAAAGCAUAUGCCAAACUGUUUGGAGAUUACCAGUCCCUUGUUGCUGGACUUACACGAGAUGCUCUAGUGGAUAUGUCAGGUGGUGUUGGAGAGCAACUCGACAUCACUGAUUAUAAAACUGAAGAAGAGAAAAUGGAACUCUUCAGAAUUCUGAAACAAUCUUAUAAAAAUCAGUCACUAAUGAGUGCUUCCAUAGCAGCAUCGGGUGACGACAUGGAGGACGAGCUAGAUUGUGGCCUCAUCAAAGGUCAUGCUUAUAGUGUGACCUCCGUCAAGGACAUCCCCAUUAGUACCUCUUCAGGGCUUUUUUCUUUCUUCAAACGAGAAAAAAUCCACAUGAUUCGUUGUAGAAAUCCCUGGGGCGGGACAGAGUGGAAGGGCGCCUGGAGUGAUGGAUCUGCUGAAUGGGAUCAGGUCAGUGACUCAAUGAAGAAGGACAUUGGUCUCACUGUGGAUGACAAUGGAGAAUUCUGGAUGUCAUUUGAAGAUUUCUGUAACUACUACACCGACAUAGGAGUGUGUCACAUUAUCAACACAUCCUUCUUUUCCCUGAAAAAGACAUGGAAAGAGGGCGAGACGGUUGGAGAGUGGAGGAAACCAUCACGGAGUGGAGGCUGUAGUAAUCAUAAAAAAUCUUUUCUGAAGAAUCCGCAGUUUGUGUUCGAGGUGACAAAGGAAGAGGAUGAAGUGUUGGUUUCUUUGGAGCAAUUUGACCGAAGAGUAAACAAAGAGGAUGGAGAAUCACAAUUCACUAUAGGAGUGUCUAUCCUUAAGACUGACUUAAACAGAGUCUACAGAAUGCAUGACUCGAUGAGAGAAGCACAUUCGUCAUCAUUUGUAAAAUCUCGCAGUGUAAUGACGAGAGCAAAACUAAAACAGGGGAAAUAUUGUGUAAUUCCGUCAACUUUUGAUCCUGGUUUUGAAGGCGAGUUUUUCCUUCGGUUGUAUGCAAGUAGCAGUCCAAACUUAAAGGAACUUACUCUCGAGGAGCCAGACAGAAAUAGUGGAUGUUGCUGCAGUCCGUUUUAUAUGUGUAAAACUUACAAGUCAGCCUUACAAAUUCUUAUCAGUAGUGGAGAAGGAUUGGAGGGUAUGGACUUAGACAGAAAGUCUGACCCGUUUGUUAUUGUCCGUUGUGAGAAGGAGAAAGUGAAGACACCAGUGAUAGCCAAUGACCUCAAUCCAAAGUUUGACGAGCGAGUCACAUUUUACCAAAAGACACCAAAAGAGAAUGUCACUUUAGAGGUGUGGAACCACAACCUGAUAAAGGAUGACUUCAUGGGAAUGUGUACUCUGUCUAUGACACAAAGGAGUUCCUUCAAGGGAGGCAGCAAAUUGAUUGGAUUGCCCUUAAUGGGCAAAGGGAAAGAAGCAGCCAGACCUACUAAGGGUCGACUAUGGGUCAAUGUGCUAUACACAACACUUCUGGACACUGUGUGA